CAUAGUGUCGUUUCAUCUUCUAAUUGCAUGGCAUGUGUUUAAUUAAGCCAUAUAAUUUCUGCAUGCACAAGGAAUAUAAAGAUCAUAACUGUAGGUAUACGAAAUACUGCUACAUGUGGUUUGCCAACAAACCGUAAUCACUAGAGUACAUCUGAACGAAACAAAAUUAUGAAAAUAAUGUCUUUAGAUAAUGGUGUUCUAAGGGCCAACUUGAUUUCAUCACUAGGGUGGCCUGUUGCCAGUAGAUAUGAUGGUAUCUCUAAGAUUUAGGGGAUUCAGUGUCUUCACUCCAGAGUGUUUAGGUUUAGGUGUAUUUUACAAUCAGCAAUAUUAAAAUUAUAUUUUAACUGGCCCAUCUAAAAGGUCUAAGUUCUUUAUCACAGACAAUUUUAAGCCUCCUUAGCAAAAUUUAUUAUAAAUGAUAUCAUUUUAUGUUUGUUUACAUCUGAAGCAUUUAACAUGCUAAUAGAUAAGUGUCACCAAAAUGUUAGGUGAGCUACAGGCACUAAUAAUUGGUUGUUGCUACUUCUCCUUAGAUCCCCCCUUGAAAGAAGAAGACUCGACCUUGAAGAUCCUUCUAGCGGCAAUUAGUGGAGCAGUUCUGGCCGUGAUCCUCUUGAUCGUCAUCUGCUGGCAUGGCCCAGGAUGCAUCAGAUCAGCACACGUUUCAGGAAAUGGACAGACAUUAUUGGUGAGUGCUAGCGAUGUCCAGGGCAGAGUGAAGAAGCUGUCAUGUGUCCUUCGACAGAACCUGCAUGUCGACGUCCACUACGAUCAGGAACAACUACAGCACAUCACAGCAGGGACCGGACUGGCGAAAUGGUUUGAGGACAAGGCAAAGAAUUCUAACAUCCUAGUUGUUUGCUCCAAGUUAGGAAAAGAAAUAUCGGAAAAGAAACAAAGGGAAAAUUAUUUCUACCAGGCUCUGGAACAGAUUGGACAAAAUCUGCAUUAUCCAGCCGUGUAUAUUUUGUAUGUUUUGAUGGACAUCAUGAGCAUAUAG